AUGCAGCGGGCAAAACAUCCAGUGAUCACUGUUCAACGUCGUAUCCGCCAUCCGAAGAAGAGUAAACGUGUAUCUAUCGAGCGUAACAGUGAAAACAGAAAUUCUCAAAAUACAGUGAUUUAUCCAGAUAUUGCUGUUCAUAAUAAUCGUAUUUCGCAGUCAUCGCUAAAAGUCACUUUUUCUCGACAGAGAGCCAUACUAUCAGAAAUCGAUUUAUCGUCGAUCAAAGUUCAUCAGAAACUUAAUCAAAAGAAAAAUUCUAACAGGAAGCGUUCAAUUCGUCGAUUUGGUUUUCUGAUAUGCACAGCUAUUAUUACAUGUUUACUCUUCGCUAUUAUUACUGCUGUUGCAAUUGUUGCAACACAAACUACAACUACGAUAACAAUAACGACUGAAACCACUUCCAUAUCAUCUCCAAUAUCAAGCACAACUGCAUCAUUAACAUCAACCUCACUAUCAACUUCAACUUUAUCUACAAUAUUAACAUCUUCAUCCAUAUUUACAUCGUCUCUAACAAAAACAACUACUACAACAAGUCCAUCAACAACAACAUUUUCAUGUACUUCACCGCCUCCUCAGUCGGUGGCUAAAUAUGAAACUGAUACUGUAACAAACUGGACUCAAUAUAUUUAUAAUUACACAUCAACGACUACAUUUCCAAUACUCAUAUUUGGAGUAGAUGCCUCUGCUGAAAUGUAUAUAAUGAUCGACGGUGUAUCUGUUGUUGAUAUCACUGACACAUCUGUGGAGUUGCUUAAAAAUUCAGAUUUUGAAAACUCAUCAACAACACUUACUGGAUGGAGUGUUUGGUGUAAAAGUACAUGUAGUAGUGGUGAUGGAGGAACUAUAUAUACUAGUAAUUGUCGACUGUCAAGUAAUUGUUAUAAGAGUCAAUGUCGCAGUAGUAUUGAUUAUCUUGUUCAAUCAUUUUCGACAAUUAUCGGGCGAAUAUAUACUAUUUCAUUCUGGUUUCAACGUUUAAGAUCAUCUAGUUCGGGUGGUUCAGCAAAACUGUACGUUGGAAUUAUAUAA